AUGGGAAAUAUUCUGGCUAGAUACAAUCCUAAUUCUGAACCUGCAAUAGUUGAAACUGUCACAACUAAGGAGGAGCCUCAGACUGAGUUAGAUAAUCUCAAGGAAGAAAUUGCAGUGCUGCAUAGGAUGCAAAGUGGGUUGCUGGCAAAAAAACUUGAUGGCUUGAGCUUCACAGAACUGCAGCAGCUGGAACAUUUGUUAAAAGAAGGUGCUUUGUGUAUCAAGGAUCACAUGGAACGAAAGUUGAUGGGGCAAUUUGAAUCGUAUAUGCCGGAGGAAGAGGCUAUGAUUGAGGCCACAAUAUUACCUGAACAAGUUGCUAUGAAAGAAAAUUUUCUUGAUGAAGCGGACACUUCAUUGCAUUUAAGGUUGUCUGUUGAUACUAAUUUGAAGCUGGGACCCCCAAAAAGUGAAUGAUGUUGAAAAUCCUAUGAUCAUAGAGUGAUUUGUAUUACUCUUUCGCUAUUUGAAAUAAAAACUCUCUUUACUUUUUAUAUUAAUAUUUGCUUAUUGGCUUGGUUAAAGCUAAAUUGGAAUAAAGUUGUAUGUGUGACUAGAACAAGUUGCAAAAGUUGGAUUCUUCUUUUGAUUUCAUCAAGAAAAAUUGAAAUUUAAAACUGAUCUUCUUU